UUCCAGGCUGAAAAUCCACUGGCUGCCGUGCCAGAGGAGAGUCGUUCUGAGGGAAAAAUAAGCUUUAAAGUUUACAGAAAGUAUUUCACUGCAGGAGCGAACUACUUUGUGAUUUUUAUACUUGUAUUAUUUAAUAUUUUGGCACAGGUGGCAUAUGUGCUCCAGGAUUGGUGGCUUUCUUACUGGGCAAAUCAUCAAGAAAAGCUGAAUGUUACAACAAAUGGAAAUAAUGGAGCAAAUGAGACUGAACAUCUAGACCUUACCUUUUAUUUGGGAAUUUACGCAGGUUUAACGGUGGCUACAAUACUGUUUGGCAUAAUAAGAAGUCUUCUGGUCUUUCAAGUUCUUGUUAAUUCUGGUCAGACCUUGCACAACAAAAUGUUUAAAUCCAUUUUGAAAGCUCCUGUCCUGUUUUUUGACAGAAAUCCUAUAGGAAGAAUCUUAAAUCGUUUCUCAAAAGAUAUUGGCCAUCUGGACGACUUGCUUCCAUUGACAUUUUUGGAUUUUGUGCAGACUCUUCUACAGAUUUUUGGUGUGGUAGCUGUGGCUGUGGCAGUGAUUCCUUGGAUACUCAUUCCCUUAAUUCCACUAUUUAUUCUUUUCAUUUUUCUUCGACGAUAUUUCUUAGACACUUCAAGAGAUAUUAAACGUCUAGAAUCCACAACUCGGAGUCCAGUGUUCUCCCACUUGUCGUCAUCCCUCCAGGGACUUUGGACUAUUCGGGCUUUGAAAGCAGAAGACAGAUUUCAAAAAUUAUUUGAUGCACAUCAAGACCUCCACUCAGAGGCCUGGUUUCUAUUUUUGACGACCUCGAGGUGGUUUGCUGUGCGUCUGGAUGCCAUCUGUGCCAUUUUUGUUAUAGUGGUUGCUUUUGGUUCCCUGCUUCUUGCCAAGACUUUGAAUGCGGGGCAAGUUGGUUUGGCACUGUCCUAUGCAAUCACUCUCAUGGGAACAUUCCAGUGGGGUGUUAGACAAAGUGCUGAAGUUGAAAACCUGAUGAUAUCAGUAGAAAGAGUAAUGGAAUACACGGAUCUCGAAAAAGAAGCCCCUUGGGAAACCAACAAGCAUCCACCACCUGAAUGGCCAAGCCAUGGAAUGAUAGCAUUUGAAAAUGUUAACUUCACUUACAGUCUAGAUGGACCUUUGGUAUUAAGACAUUUGUCUGUUGUUAUUAAACCAGAAGAAAAGCAGUCAUUACUGCAUACAUCUGAGUCUCAGGCAGUGGGUAAUUGCCCUCUGGUGUCUGUUGGAAUUGUGGGAAGAACAGGAGCUGGGAAGAGCUCUUUGAUAGCAGCCCUUUUUCGGUUGGCUGAACCUGAAGGAAGGAUCUGGAUUGAUAAGUACUUGACAUCAGAGCUAGGCCUCCAUGACUUAAGAAAGAAAAUUUCAAUUAUACCUCAGGAGCCUGUAUUGUUCACUGGGACAAUGAGGAAAAACUUAGAUCCUUUCAAUGAAUACACUGACGAAGAACUGUGGAAUGCCUUGGAAGAGGUGCAACUGAAAGAGGUUGUGGAAGAUCUACCUAAUAAAAUGGAGACACAGCUCGCAGAAUCUGGGUCUAAUUUUAGUGUUGGUCAGAGACAGCUGGUGUGUCUUGCCAGAGCAGUUCUAAAAAAAAAUCGGAUCCUUAUCAUUGAUGAAGCAACAGCAAAUGUGGACCCAAGAACAGAUGAGUUCAUUCAAAAGACAAUCCGUGAAAAGUUUGCUCAUUGCACAGUUCUGACCAUUGCACACCGCUUGAACACCAUUAUCGACAGUGACAGAAUUAUGGUUUUAGAUGCAGGAAGACUAAAAGAAUAUGGCGAGCCUUACAUUUUGCUGCAAGAAAAGGACGGCUUGUUUUACAAAAUGGUGCAACAAGUGGGCAAGACAGAAGCAGCUUCUCUGAUUGAAACAGCAAAACGGGUUUACUUCAAGAAGAAUUACCCUGAAGUUGUUCAAAAUGGUCAGCUUACCACAGACUCCUCGCUGGAUCCUUCCUCAGGAUUAUGCGUAACUGAAACUGCACUGUGAUUCCUCAUAGCCACAAUUUUUUUCCACAGAAUAUAAACCUGAGAGCAUCCAAACAAUCGAUGUUCACAAGUGUCAACAGGAGAGGAAAAGGAGGGGACGAUUCUUUGCACUGGACAUCCUUUCUAUUUAAUACUGAGAAGAAAAGUUUUACUAUCCCUGUUUCUUUAAUUUCAGUGCAAUAUUUUUUUUUCCUUUCCAACUAAUUAUUUUUGUAUUGCUAAGGAAAUUAGGCAGACUCAGUUCUUAUUUGAAAGUUAUGUGGUAGAGAUCUCUGUUAUUUAAACAGGUGCAGGACACCUAACAGAUCUAGGGUGCAUCUUUGGAAUUUAUUAAAGAAAGAUUGGAGUGUGUCCCUUUUCUCAGUUGGAGAUACUUUGAGAGCAAGCAACACCAAAUUUUUUUUAGUGUCACCAUACCUCCACAGCUGUGUCUAAACAGCAGGUUUGGUUGUAUACAACUUAGCUUCUAACACAGGUGUCUCUCUACCUGUCACAGGUAUCUAUGCAGGUGGUAGAAAAAAAAAAAGAAUUAAAAGCCAAAAACACUUCCUUUUUUGAUAGCAAAAAGUACUAUAUACUUAGAUUUUUUUUAUAUAAUUCAAGUAAUGCUGUUCAAGAUGAAUGUAAAUGUAAGUUUUAUUUUGCUGAAAUCCAGAUGCUGAAAAAUCAAUCUCAGUCUUCUGUACUUUAGAAGAGAACAUUUGCACUGAAGAAAUAUUUAAAUAAUUUAACAUACAUUCCUCUUUUUAUCCAGGUUAUCAGAGAAAAAAAAAAAGUAUUAAAAUAACUUGAGGAAAUCUUUGAAUGACAUGUCAUUAUACCUAAAUAGCACGUAGUACAAAGUUAUCUUCAACACACCACAUUGAAAUGUAUACGUUAUUUGCAUUUAUUGUGCCUUAAUAUUUGUGCCUUCAAGCCAAAGCUAUAACUGCAGGGUACACAACAAAUUCAUUAAAUAUAUGUUAAAAAUAUCUAGCCUUAAUAUAUUUAAAGUUUUGCAUCAAGGAUUCUGUUGAACUUGUGCUGUUUGAAGUUACCAUACUGCUGGAGUAGGUAGGGAAGUGCAACCCUUAGGUUUGAAUGGCUGUUGCUGGUACUGAGGAGAUUGCAGUGAGAGAGAGAUUCUUUAUUUGUACACCAUGUCCUGAUUCAGCAAAGCACUUCAGUGUAAAGGCACUAUUCCUGUGGUUUAAAAAGUCAGGCAAGUGCUCUUCUGCUUCAGAGCUUUUUUGUCUUCAGUGAGAUACCUACCCUUUGAGGUCCAGUACAGAAUAAAUCUGUUGAAAUUAUUGUCUGAAGUGACAGAAGGCACUAAAAAACAACUCUUCAGGAUACACAGAACACUGUGCUUUUUAGAAAAAGAAAAAUAAUAAAAAAAAGAUGCCUGCUAUUACCUUGGUAAGCUAAAUAUUGCUUACCCAAUGUUCCCCCAAUAGUCGAAAAUUAAGGUGAACACAAAUGUUUCUCAUUUCAAGUCAUUUUUCCAGCAAGUAAGUUGCUGAAAUACAGGAUUGUUGCUUCUCCUUGUUGAGAAGCAAACUGAGGCCAAAGCCUGUGCCUGAGGACAGGGCUCAUCCAGGAGAGCUUUGUCCUGUGCAGAAGUUGGUGGUGAGAGGCAGAACCUUCUUUCCCUGCUGCCUGCACCCCCACCAGUUGGCUAAUCUGGUGGAUGGGAGGAAAAGACACGCGCUGGGUGUUUGAUUUGCUGGCAGCAUCCUCCUGUACUGUUAGCAGGAAGGUACACAACAAAGCACUCUUGCCCUUAGCUUUCUUUUGGCAGUCUCCAACACUUCUGUGGGGUGUAGCUCACUAUUGCAAGUGUCUCUGUGAUAAGUGGAACUGAACUUCAUGUGGGUUUUGUCCUUUGUCUGGUGUUAAAUACAAGGCAGUCAGGGAUGACUACGUGUCCCCAAAGCAAAGUGGCACAGAUUGGCUCAUGUAAGCAGCAAGCUGAUAGCUAAUCCUUCUCAGAGCGCACCAGCCACAGCCUCUUUUCUGGAUCACUUUGCCUCCUAUGUACCUAGCACACAAAACACUAAUGUGUUUUGUUUUGUUUCUUUUCAAUUCAAGUGGUCUCAAAUAAGGAUAGGGCUAUUCUGCAGCUCAGCAGAAUGUAUUGCAGAGCUAUGUGAAGAUGUAGAGAAGUGUUUGAGGAUGUAAAGUCAUAUGGGAUAAUGCUGGGGGAUUGUGUAGCAUGGAGAAAGCUCAGCCUUGCACGGUCUUUCUUGUCUGUAACUGCCUUUUGGAAGCGGUCCAUGGCAUAAACCAUGUCCAAGCUCUGCUCAGCCUUUAUCAUAGAGAGAUCCAGCUGGAGUGCUCCAAAACAGAGCCAGAGUGAGCUGACUGUGACAGUGCAGACAGCUAGCAGGGACUGGAGCUUGAGCUCAUGCGUUUCCCUUUUUUAUUCAGUAGUUUGGGCAGAUGCACAGAGUCUACCCAUGCUUUGCAAUAUUGAAUUAUUUUGCUUUCUAAAUAGUUCAUACAAGAAAAUAAGUGUGAUGUAUAAUACACUGAGACUUUUAAAUGCUCUGAGAGAACAGUAUGUUUUCGUGGCUGUAUAUUUUGUUUAUAUUUUUUUUAAAUGGAAAUCAAGGAGAUCUAUAAACUGAGGGUAUAAUUACAGUUUUAAUUCAUUUCAGCUCUGAAAUGAAACUAUGGUAAGUUGUAUUUCAGAGCUGAGCUCCAAGAUGCUGACUGCAGCCCACUCACUGGUAUGAGACCCUGACAAAUUCAGCUAUCGGUCUACAAGGCAGAGUUAAUUUGAUCCUGCAGCUUUUUGAACGUGCACAAAAAUGCUAGGUAUCUCAAAAUGCAGAUCCUGCUUUUUCACAUGUUUUGACAGGAUACGACUAUCUGUAGGUAUCAGAAAUCAAAUAUUUAAAGAAUCACACUUGAAAACCAUACACGACUGAAUAGAUCAACAGAUAGUGAGCCAUUUGUACCUGUCGUUGCCAUGAUAUCCACCUUUUUAGUUUAGAGUAAUAAAUAUAUUUCAGUCAGGAAGUUGUUUCUUUAGAUUAUUUUGUUGCUUGUUGUUGAGAGUUGUUGUGAGUAGUUUAGGUGACUGUUGGUUAAGAUGGACACGCCUAUUUAAUUUUAGGUGGGUGACAAAGUGCAUCGUGCCUGAAAUUCGAGGAUAAGAGAGGACUUCCUUUUGAACGUCAUGGUCUGUUGUAUGUACAACCAUGUGUUUUGUGUUUCCUUCUAAAGAAAAGUUCAAAUAGUUCUAAAUUUCCACUUUGAAAAUGUUUGUGUUUGGAGAAAUGUUUGGAGAUAGUAAAGCUGCUUAUUUCAAGCUACAUUCCUUCAUGGGGAUCUUGGAAAAAGAACUCAGUCUUCAACAUUAUUAAAGCCUUUAAAAUGUUUCUUCACCAUAAGGUGCCUUAAGGUAUUCCAGAGUCUAAUAGACAAUUCUGUGCAGAAAUACUGCACAUCAUCAGUUGUGGGACUAUUGUUUGGUUCAAAAGUCUGGGAACAGCCUCUACUUAAGAUCAAAAGAACUGCUCCUCAGACGUUCAUUUUGGUAUCUCUUUGCUUUACCCGUCCUUGAAAGACCACUGGGAGAGUCAAAGCCAACAUGGUUCUCGAUAAUAGGUUAUUUCUAAUUUUGCUUAGGUUAAGGGCAAAAUUCUGCUCCGUGAGUUGAACCACAGUUCACUUGCCAGAUAGUUUUAGUCUUCUGUGAUAUCACUCAUGCUCCUCUUUGGAAGAGGGAGGACCUCCUUCUGACCAAGAUUAGCAGUGCUGGUUGAUAAAGUGAUACUGACGGUUUCUUUUAACCUUCCCAGUACACAUUUGAAAAUAAGGUGGUGGAAAGAACGAGGAGACAAAAGAUCUAAGUGGUAUAGAAAUUUCAGUGAAAAUGCUGCUUUUUGUGUUAAUCCGACCCUUCCAAAUGUCUCACCUUGAAGUUUGAGGGGGAAAGGGGAAGAUACUGACAUCACUUACAUCCUGUAAUGAUGACGAGCUUCUGACACAUCAGCCGAAGAAUGUGGCUUUCUCUAUGUUUCACAUUGUGUAACAUCGCACUGCUUUUUCAUCAUUUUAACCCUGUUUCUGUUUUGUUUUGGUUUUUACAUUUGUGUAACAAUUUGAUUCUGUUAUUUCUGUGGAAUGAUUUCUUUUGUCGACAUCCACAACAGCUUCUGUCGUACAAUAAAAUGUGUUUCUCAGAA